CCGCCGCCGCCGCCGCCGCCGCCACCGCUCGCCCGGCCGCCCCGCAGCCCCGCAGCCCCGCAGCCCCGCACCGCGCCGCUCGGGCCCCGGCAACCGCCGCGGCGCGGUAAGUUGGCAGGAGCGAGUCCCCUCCGUUCUCGACUCCCCCGCACCUUUUGAACUUGUUGCUGCUGCUCGGCUCGCCUGCGCCUGGCUUUUGGAAGGUGAAAAGGAGGAGGGAGGCACGGAGGAAUGGGGGAAGGGGGAGAAGAGCUCGCUUGAGCUUUAUUUAUGCUCCCUCGGCGCAUCGGAUUCGGCUGCUCGCGAGCUGCUUUCUCAGCUUUUCCCGUUCCGGGUGCACCGCGAGGAGAAAGUCUCCGCAACUCAGCUCCGGCGCGCACUUCGCCAGGUAUGUACCGCGGCCGAGGCGCGUUGUGCGCGGAAGCAGAUGUUACUGCCGCGGCGGCAGUGGCGGCUGCCAGCUCCCGGGCUCUGUAGCUGUCACACUGCACCUGAGCUGAACUUGACAAGAGAGUAAAGGGGAGAUUGGGCGAAUGCUUUUGGCAGACACGGCGGGUGCUCGUAGACGUGAGGGAGGAGGAUCUAUAUUAAUGCCCUCUAGCCGCGUCUAACGCACAGCACUUCCGUCUCUGCAAAUACGUCCCGAGGAGUAGAGGUGGCGACCGGACUCCCAAAGAGACGUGGGGCAGCGGCUGUGACCGAACCUCGGAAGCUACAACAACAGGUCUCCUUCUUGAGAUUCCUUUGGCGGGAAGGGCCACUUGAAAAGGGAAGGUUUGAAAGAGCUGAAAAGGAAGGUGGAAGGGUUCCCUAAUUCUUCAAAAGAAUACCACUGAGUGUCUGUCCUUCGUCUCCUCUAUCCUGCACGACACACACUCCAGACUGUGUUAAGGGAGAAAUCAAAGACACCUGUUUGAAGAAAUUGAGGCAUCGAAAGUCACCUGUGUACUUAUUUGUGCCGGGGCUAGCCUGGUCCGACUGCAGGAAGAGGUUUGAUUAGGUUUUGUUGGGUGUGAUUGUUAGGACGUUGUAUUUUCCCCCCGUUACUCCAAAUAUCUGUCUUUGAGGGAAACUUGCCCUCUGAGAACUGUGACUUCACCAGGAGCCCUACCUUGGAGUAAGGCUGAUACCUCUGGACCAGUAGUAUUUGUUUGACGGGAGGAAGUGGGUGAUUGUGGCUACUUUGAGUGACCCAUUGUAGAGACUUGAUUGCCCUUCUGGCCUGCACUUGAAGGAACCAUGGCUGCGGGGGUAGCAGCGUGGCUGCCCUUUGCAAGGGCAGCGGCCAUUGGGUGGAUGCCUGUGGCCUCGGGGCCCAUGCCAGCUCCCCCGAGGCAGGAGAGGAAAAGGACUCAGGAUGCUCUAAUUGUGCUGAAUGUGAGUGGCACUCGUUUCCAGACAUGGCAGGACACCCUGGAACGGUACCCAGACACUCUGCUGGGCAGUUCGGAGAGGGACUUUUUCUACCAUCCAGAGACUCAGCAGUAUUUUUUUGACCGUGACCCAGACAUCUUCCGCCACAUCCUGAAUUUCUACCGCACUGGGAAACUCCACUACCCUCGCCAUGAGUGCAUCUCCGCUUAUGAUGAAGAAUUAGCCUUCUUUGGCCUCAUCCCAGAAAUUAUUGGCGACUGCUGUUAUGAGGAGUACAAGGAUCGCCGGCGAGAGAACGCGGAGCGUCUUCAGGACGAUGUUGAUACCGACAACACCGGAGAGAGCGCGCUGCCCACUAUGACGGCUCGGCAGAGGGUCUGGCGGGCUUUUGAGAACCCUCACACCAGCACAAUGGCCCUGGUGUUCUACUAUGUUACCGGCUUCUUCAUUGCCGUCUCAGUCAUCGCUAAUGUGGUAGAAACAGUGCCCUGUGGGUCUAGCCCAGGUCACAUUAAAGAACUGCCCUGUGGGGAGCGGUACGCCGUGGCCUUCUUUUGCUUGGAUACAGCCUGUGUCAUGAUCUUCACAGUUGAGUACUUGCUUCGCCUGGCAGCAGCUCCUAGUCGUUACCGUUUUGUGCGUAGCGUCAUGAGUAUCAUCGAUGUGGUGGCCAUCCUGCCUUAUUACAUUGGGCUGGUGAUGACAGACAAUGAGGAUGUCAGUGGAGCCUUUGUCACACUCCGCGUCUUCCGGGUCUUCCGGAUCUUUAAGUUUUCCCGCCACUCUCAAGGCCUGCGCAUCCUGGGGUACACACUGAAGAGCUGUGCCUCUGAAUUGGGCUUCUUGCUCUUCUCGCUCACCAUGGCUAUCAUCAUCUUCGCUACGGUUAUGUUCUACGCAGAGAAGGGGUCUUCCGCUAGCAAGUUCACCAGCAUCCCUGCUGCCUUCUGGUACACCAUCGUCACCAUGACAACACUAGGGUAUGGUGACAUGGUACCAAAAACCAUAGCAGGGAAGAUUUUCGGAUCCAUCUGUUCGCUGAGCGGGGUCUUGGUCAUUGCUCUGCCUGUCCCAGUGAUUGUAUCCAACUUCAGUCGAAUCUACCACCAAAAUCAACGAGCAGACAAACGGAGAGCACAAAAGAAAGCCAGACUGGCCAGGAUCCGGGCAGCUAAAAGCGGAAGUGCAAACGCUUACAUGCAGAGCAAACGGAAUGGCUUACUCAGUAACCAACUGCAGUCCUCUGAGGAUGAGCAAGCCUUUGUUAGCAAAUCCGGCUCCAGCUUUGAAACCCAGCACCACCACCUGCUUCACUGCCUGGAAAAAACCACGAAUCACGAGUUUGUGGAUGAACAAGUCUUUGAAGAAAGCUGCAUGGAAGUUGCAACAGUUAAUCGUCCUUCAAGUCACAGUCCCUCUGUCUCUUCACAACAAGGCAUCACCAGCACUUGCUGUUCAAGACGACACAAAAAAACUUUCCGCAUUCCAAACGCCAACAUAUCAGGAAGCCACCGAGGCAGUGUGCAGGAACUCAGCACGAUUCAGAUUAGAUGUGUGGAGAGAACCCCGCUAUCUAACAGCCGAUCCAGUUUAAAUGCCAAAAUGGAAGAGUGUGUUAAACUAAACUGUGAACAACCUUAUGUGACUACAGCAAUAAUAAGCAUCCCAACACCUCCAGUAACCACCCCCGAAGGAGAUGACAGGCCAGAGUCUCCUGAGUACUCAGGAGGCAACAUUGUCAGAGUGUCUGCUCUCUAAGACAAUUGGAAUCAGGUCCAAGAGAAUUUGAGCCCUGGCUGUGGAAAGAAUCCCAACGUGGAAGAAAGAAGAAACAAUAAACGUUUCGCAGAUGAAAACGACAAAGCAAGGACGUUGGUAGUGAAACAAAGACAAAGUUUCCAAACUCGAAGAUGGAAAUAAAACCACCAAAAGGCAUUUCUAGAUGGAGUCUAACCUGUCAAACUGAGAAAUAGUCUGUGGCCCUUUGACUUUGUGAAUGAGCACAAUGAAAUGCCGCCUAUUGAUGCUUCUUAUGACCAGAACUCUUUUUUAAUAAAAUAAAUAAAAUAAAUCUUUGAACAUAAUGUUCCAGUUGAAUGCAAAACAAAAAAAUACGGAAAACAUUUUGAUAAAAAUUUUUCCUGUUAAAACCAUGAACAUUGGCUAUGAUGAAGAUUAUUAUUACACAUUAAAAAAAAAAAACCUCAUACAACACGUUUGUAUUGACUGAAGGAAACCAUCAUAAUGCAUGCUAGAAUUCUUUGGAGCCGUGAUCUCAGUUUCCUUACGUUGUCUUCAGAAUCGGCAUGAUAAACUAUACUUGUAGAAAGAGGGAAUUUCUGUGUACUUACAACAAGCUGAUCGUUCAUGUUCCAUGGUGGGCUGUGCAAAUAAACUCCUUUUAGAACUGCAGUAUUUCUCAUGGGGAUGCUCACUAGUAAAUCUAAAGUGUUCAGAUAGUUCAGUGUUAAUUAUUGUUUUACCUUGCACCUAGAUACUGUUACAACUGCAAUAAUUCAUUGUACACCUGUUGUAUCAGGAAUCAGGAUUUUCUGUUGUUGUGUUUCCAGAUCUUCUUAGAUACAGUAAGAGCCACAUUCCAUAGAAAAACUUCUCGUGUCGCCAGGUUUUAGAUAACUUUUUAAUCCAAAACCCUUGUGCCGUAAAUGUUUUUCUGUAAUAUUCUUUGGUCCACUGUAUUCCUGUGACAGUGCAUUAUUUGUUCCUGUAUUUCUAUAGCACCUUUCUAUUGGACUUAUCAUCAUCAGCUGGACUAAUGUUUUGUAGUUCAAAGGACUUUCCUACUUUUGUAUUCUCCAACAAGUUAUCUUAUAAGUAGAUUAUCAUCAUCGUCAAUCCCCUUGUCAAAAAUCAGGAAAAAAAGGAGUUGACAUCUGUGAAUUAUCUCUAACCUUUUUGCUGUUAUGGAAAAGCCCAGAUACUGGAUGUAUCAUUGUCUGUUUCAUGAAAAGAAUUGGCUGGGAUUAGCAUCACAGGAUCAGUGAUCCCAGGAUCUCACUUGAUGUAUUAUUUAUUUUGCUUUAGAUCUCGAAUACAUUUUGAGAAUAACUAGCGUGAAUUGAAAUGCAGAGAUAAACUGGAGUGCUUUAUGCAGCAAUAUUUGUUGAAAGCAUGCUUUCUACGCCACUGGGGAAGGCAGCACAGAUUUGUCUCAGAAAGGUUCCUGCAUAUUGCAAGGAGCAAUUUUCUCCUCUAAAUCAGGAGGACAGGAGUUUGAUGAUGCAAAAUUGAGCUCUAUGUACAUUUAACUGAAAAGUCUUGGUAUCUUUUCACCUUUAAAAUAUAUCAGCAGACAUGUCUGCACGUGACAGUGUAAAAAAGUUUUAUGUCCAGUGAAAAGUUUUGUUCAUUCCAAACCACCACUGUAAGGAAUAAGUUUAGCUUCAAUACAUGGAAAGAGUUAAUAAUUAUCCCUCUACUAUAGAGAUUUUAAAAUGCUUAUCAUAAUUUAUCAUAAAGAGGAAAUAAUCCAACCAUUUUCAAGUAAAGCCAGAAAUUCUUGCUUCCCCUUUCUAGACUAGCUUCCAGAACAAUGCUGUGCGCACAGUAGAUUCAUAAACACUUGCUGAGUGAAAGUCAGAUAAACUCUACUAUCUCACGGGAAGAACUGGCUUUAUUCCUAGUAUGUCUUUUUAAAAGUUACUAAUCUUCCUGAAGCGUGAAUAUUAAUAAUUAUAUUAACACCUGCCUCAUGUCACUUUAUGCUUCUAGAGCAAAUAUAUAGUGAAACUUCUUUGAUGGUAUUUGUUGAAAAGCUUUUUAAAAAGUAGGCUAAAGAAAACUCAAUCAGGAAUACUUAGGUCUUUUGAUUCCCAAGGAAAAGUUCUAUUUUCAUGUUCUUAAUAUUACAUUUAAAAAUGCAGUUAGAUUAUUUCUGUUGCAAUUCUGCCUCCUUUUCAACUUAUCAUUUAUCCAAAACUAUUACUUUCUUUAGACUUUCAGAAAAGAAAAAAAUUUUUUGGUGUUUUAGGUGAUUUAAAAAUAUACUGUGUUGGUGGUGAAUGACUAUUGAUGACUGUGUUAAGUGCAUCUGUAUUGUAAGUGAAAUGUAAUUAUUUCUGUGUGCCAUAUGGAGUAACCAAGGUCAUUGUUUUUGACAAUUUUGUUUGAAAUUCGUAUAUCUUAUUUCAAAGGAUAGCAUAAUAUCUGCAUUAUGCUGGAAAAAAUAGACCUUUGGAAAAUACUUAAAUAAAACAUGUGCAUGCUUGAACAGGA